AUGGCUCCCGCAGAAGCAAUCGAGCUGCAGCCCGCCGCCAAAAACGCCAGUCAGAUUGACGCAAACGAGUCAAAACAUGGAUCCGAAGUCUACAACCAGACACGGACGCGGAGAGUGUUCUCCUUCUCCCAGCUCUUCGCAUUUUCGUUGACCUACAUGGCCUUAUGGGAAGGCAUGUGCACAAACAUGUACUUUGCACUCUACAACGGCGGUCCUCAAACAUUCAUCUUCAGCUUCGUCAUAGUGUUUUGCGGAGCCAUCGCACAAGCCGCUUCGUUGGGCGAGAUGGCCUCAAUCCAACCUGUCGCCGGUGCCCAGUACCACUGGACGUUCCACCUCGCCCCCGCACGCGUCAAGCGCUUCGCUACCUGGAUCCAGGGAUGGUCGACGUGGUUUGGUUAUGUGUCGCUCCUUGCUGGCAUUGCGAACGUCACCAUCAUUCUCCUGGAGUCUAUGAUUGAGCUGAAUCACCCCAACUAUGUGCCGGGAGGUUGGCACACCUCGGUGCUCGUCAUCGCUAUGUGCGUUAUUCAGGGUUUGAUGAACACGUACUGCUUUAGAGUGAUCCCGUGGGUUGAGCUUGUGGCUGGAGUUCUUCAUGUCUGCUUGUUCGUCGUCUUUGUCGUGGUUUUGGCCGUGAUGGGGACUCGACACUCGAGUAGCUUCUUCUUGGAAACCAACAUUGCGUCUGGAUGGACGGAUAACUUCAUUGCUUGGAAUCUCGGCAUGUUGACUUGUGUUUGGAGUUUCACCGGUUUCGACAGUGCCAUUCACAUGAGCGAGGAAACCCGAAAGGCCAAGUCUGCGGUACCUCGUGCUAUGUUCUGGUCCAUCUUUAUGAACGGAUGCCUUGGAUUCAUCAUGGUCUGCGUCAUUCUCGUCUCAAUGGGCUCAAUCGACGACGCCCUCAACUCGGCUAGUCCAAUUCUCACCAUUCUUCUCAGCAUUACCGGCUCCAAGGGCGCCACGACGGCCAUGAUCACCGGCCUCUUCGUCGUCUCGUUUAGCGUCAACUUGGCCAACAUCGCAUCGGUAUCCCGUCUCACUUGGGCCUGGUCCAGGGACGGAGGCAUGCCUGCUUAUCUGGCAUACGUCCACCCAAAGCACCGCGUACCGAUUCGCGCCAUUAUCGUCACGGUGUUCAUUGUUUGUGCUCUUUGUCUUCUCAACAUUGGAAGUUCGAGUUACGUUGCUUUCGGCGCUAUCACUUCCCUCUCAUCCAUGGCUCUCUACCUCAGCUAUGCGAUCGCAAUCAGCAGCAUGUUGUACGCUCGCUUCUCAUCCAAAGGAGGUGUUGAACUAGGAGAGUGGAACCUUGGUCGGUUCGGUCUUUAUAUCAACUCGUUUGCCUUGAUCUACACCCUUUAUGUCAUUGUAUUCCUACCUUUCCCUUCGACGAUUCCUGUAACUGCAGAGAACAUGAAUUAUUGCGGACCAGUCAUGGUCUUCGUCCUGCUGGUUGCAGUAGGUCUAUGGUUCAUCAAAGGGAAGAGAUGGACUGGGCCAAAUCUUACGAUUUUGGAUCUGGUCAUGGACAAGUCUUGA